UGAAAUAACUCUCGAAUCGAAGACUUGUUUAUCGCUAACGAUAUGUUAAAACUAUGAUACAUUCGUAACAUACGCAUUCCCGUAGAUAUAAUUUAUGUGUGUGGAGUUACAGUGGGUGAAAAUGGCGAACAACAGAAUACCGUCUGGGCCUAACACUCCAGGCAGCCAACAGACCCCAACACAGCAAGGCAUAAAGAUAUUUAUACAGAGGGAUUACUCUGAGGGCACGGCAGUCAAGUUUCAGACGAGAUUUCCAUCGGAACUUGAAGAUAGGAUAGAUAGACAAACAUUUGAAUAUACAAUGGAGAGACUAAAUGAACACUUUGAGAUGGCAGAGACAGCAGACUGCAGCACGUAUUGUGAAGGCUGUUUAGCAUGUUUGACUGCCUACUUCAUUUACAUAUGUACAGAGACACAUUAUGAAAAGCACCUAAGAAAAGUAUCAAAAUUCAUAGCAACGCAGAACGAAAGAGUGUACAACCCGAGAGGAAUACACAUAACGGACCCUAUUCUACGCGGCCUGCGCGUCAUAGAGAUCACAGUGAUAGACGUUCCCAACUGUCAGAGUCCAACGGGUAACUCGACGAACAAUCAGCUGAGGCACACUUGACCACCACAAGAGAACAGGGAGUUUUUCAUGUAACGCUAUUGGUUCUGAUUUGUUUACUGUGAAAUUUGGUGCUUGCUGACAAUGCGGCCGUGCGGGACAAAUCAGAAUGUAUUAAGACUAUGAAGUUGGUGUUAGUUAAUGUUGUUGUCGGUAGGUAUGUUUGUAGUCAGGGUCACCAAUGUUCUGUUUGUGAAGCCAGAUAAUUUUGUUAGAGAACAAUAAUUAUAAUUGUAUUUAAUUAUAUUAAAAGCCAGAUACAAUGUUAGGGAACAAUUAUUGUUCUAAUUGUAUUUGUGAAAAAGUUACGUAAUAUUUUUGUGAAUGUUGCUUUAAUUACGUACAUUUUACAAUUUUUUAUCUGGCAACACUAGUGUACGGACAGUUUUUUGCCUAAACCUGACGCGUCGUUCAAUGUACAUCACUACAUAAACAUCAUAAUAUUUUCGCCUAUACCUACAUAUCGAUAAGUCCUGCGUAAAAGAAUAUAAUUGAUUUUAAAUGUCACUUUAUAAAUUAUUGGAAUAAACAAAAACAGUACGUA